CAACAGCAAAACGAGAAACAUUUGAAAUAAAGUACACCACCGUACCGGUGGGUACACUAUACACGUUACCUUUGAGCAAUGGUGUCUCAAGAAAACGACGACACGAAAAACUCUAAAUUGGAAUUUAAAGAAACCAAAAUAUCUCAUCAAUAAAAUCAAUGGAGAAGGUAUGAGUGUCAAUUCUGAUGAAAAUAACAGUAUUAGUAGCACUAGCACUAUCUUGUUAUCUGAAGCACCAGAAAAUAAGCAAUGCAAAGUUGUUAAUCUUAAGAUAGAUCUACCACUCCCUUUGCAUCCUGAUGCUUUUGCACUGCAACUAUUCAAGCAGCAACAAAUUGAGCAGACCUCAAAACUAAGUGUCAUGGAAUCCUCAAUAAAAUCUGAGGAAAACGAACUGUCAGUCCUUAGUAAGUAAAAUCGGUACAUAAAAUUAUGAUUUUCGUAAUGUCACGUAGGCCCUUUUGUUUGUAUAUAUACACACAGACUGUGACACAGUUAAUUAACGGGUAUCAUACAGGAUUUUGAAGUCAGAAGAGGAAAUAAAAUCAUGCAGAAGAAUAGUGAGCCGAUUAACUUUGACAGUGAGGGACAAUCCUCCUUGUACUCUGAUCACCAAAGAACCCUUAACAGGUCGAGCUGUGUCACAAUGCCCACUCUGGUGAACAGCUUGAACCAGGAUAUUCACCCACCCGUACCCAUGUUUUGUCAAAAGAACUCCACAAGCACCGAUUUAAAACUAUCCUCUGAUCAAUUCUCAGCUACUGUUCCAUGUACCCAGUUGAAUGCAUAUCACUCUGUACAAAAUGUGGAGCACAUGUCUAGGCCUUUGUUUCGGUUUUCACAUUGGGAAAGUGCUCUGCGACACUGCUCCUGUGUUCGCGGAUGUCAGCACUGUUUAUCUGAUAUUGCAAGAAGAAGUCCAUCAUCAUCACCAACACUAGACAGACACAUUGAGGUCUCUAAAGCGAAAUUACCGACAAAAGAUUCUAGGAAAAGUUGUGUGGGCACAGAGCUUCCACGGCUAGAAUCAGCAGUUGCGGACACUCUACAGACAUUGUCCCUGCAGGCUCAAAGACUAAACAUAACGAGACGUCUGCCAAAGUUCACGUGUUCUCAGAAAAGAGCUGAGAUAGAUUUACAGAGUUCCACUUCAGUGUUACCACUGCGACACAGGAAGGAAGUGCCGUGUUAUGCUGAUCCUCUGGUAGGUGGUCUACCUAGUUUCCAUAGAAGACUAGCACAGAUGACUAUAUUAGUCACGGAGACAAUACGCUGUGAGAAAGAAAAGGCUCUCAAGUCAAAAUCAAGGAAAAAUCUUCAAUAGGUUCAUGGAGCUAGGAACACUGUCAUGCAAUAAUUAUGGCUCCUUAUAUAAUUAUAUGUUCAUUUUAAUCAUAAUUAUGUCACCUCCUAAGUCAACAUGUUCUUACAUGUAUAAUAAUUUAUUUGGCAAUCUGA